GUUCAUUUUAGUCGUUUAAAAAAACAACACAACAACCUUAAAAUUUUAUAGUAAUUCAUUUCAGAAUUUAUGCAAAAUUUCCAUAUUAUGCGCUUAAAAUUACAAGUGAUUGGGGUUACGAUUUAGACAAAUCCAAAAAACAACCGAAACAUUCAAAGAAAUCAAACCAAGCAUUCAACGAUCAAGUCAAUUAAUAAGAAUCGAUAAAGUUAAGAGACGUUAAGGAAUUGCUGUAGAAUACGUUAUAAAGAUAUUUUAAGAAUAAAUCCGUGAGAUUAACAACUAAGCAGCAAGAUGGGAGAUGCAGAGGGUGGUGCUGAGGAGCAAGACUAUGAGGAGGAGGACAUUGCCACGGGCGGCAUGGAUGAGGGCGGCCUGGAGGAGGGACAAGAUGAGGAUCUAUUCUCCCGUCUCGGCGAAUCGUCCGAUGAUCCCGAGCAGAAGCGUAUGUACAUGGAGUACUUGGCGCUGAUCAAGGAGAUCGAUUGCCAGAACAAGAUCAUACAGGACAUCAAGGCUCAGGUGAUGGACAUGUGUGGUAAACCCUGUAAGACACGUAAUGAGCUGCGUGAAAUCAAGCGACUGCGCAUCUGCAUGGAACAGGAGAACAUCAAGUUGCACACAAUGAUGAAUCGAGCUGUGCAGCUGCAGAACUUCGGAUCCCAUCGUCAUUAUCGUGAGCUAACGAUGACAACCACCGUGGACGACGACAACAUUUCGCCCUAUUGCGUGGGUCCCUGCGGAGCGCCCUUGACGGGUGGUGGCCUGGGCGGCGGUAGCGGUGCCACGGCCGACGAUUGCAGCGAGGAAGCUGGUGGCGGUUCUAGCUGUGGCCAGGUGGAGGGGCAAGAGGAUCGCUUGAUAAAGGCGCUCAGCAAGGCCAUGCAAAAGAUGAAGGGCGCCUGUCCCGAGGACAUGAAAAUGAUGCAGGAAAUUGCCUGCGCCAUUAUGGCAUCCAAAUCAUCGAAGCCCAAGCAAGUCUGCAGCCCGGGACCAUGCAACAAGUCGCCUUGCGACGAGACCAGCAGCAGCAGUUGUGGUGUGCCACCGCCGCAGCCAACACGCUCCUCGAAGCGAUCGCGCCCGUGUCCGCCUGAACCCAGCUGCCCACCUCCACCGCCCUGUGGGCCGCCCAGUGGUCCGUGUGGCAAGAGCGAUUCGCUAGACAAGCUCAAGAAGCGCAUUGUAAACAUGCAGACCUCUGUGAAGAAGCUGCUCCAUGAGGUCAGUCGUCGGGAGUCGGCGCAAGUUUGUGGCGCUGGCGACGAUGAUGAUGAUGAGGAUUGUGGGGGUGGAGGUGGAGCUGACUCUGGAAGACAUCCUUGUCCAGAGGAUCCCGAUCCUCUGGUCAUUGGUGGUGGCAAGCGGAACACCAAGGCGGACAAGUACGAGAAGAUGAAGGAGAACUAUACGCGUUUGCUGACGCAAUAUCAGCGCAAGGAUUGCCAGAUGAAGGAGCUGGAGCAACGUAUGAAGGGCUUCGCUGGCAGCUGCGGGCCAAUGAAGGGGGCCUCCGAUGCGGAUGCUGCCGAGCUCAAUUUGCUUCGCGCUCGCGUCAAUGAGCUUAAGGAGGAGCAGCUGGAGUUUAAGUGCAUCAUGAAGGAGCAGUCACAGCAGCUGGAGGACUAUCGCAACAAGUAUAUGUUGGCGCAGCAGAAGGUCGAGGAGCAGUGCGUCUCGCUGGAGAAGCUCAACAUGAACAACAAACGCAUCGAGCAGCAGAUUAACACUGAGGUCAAGGAGAUACGCUCCAAAUUUCAGGAAAAGCUCAAUGAGUUGUUGCAUUUCCCCAAGCUGCUAGAGAACGAACAGCUGAAGCUGGCACAAGUAUGCAAGGAGAAGGAUGAUCUGCAGAGCAAACUAGUUGUUGUCUGCAAAGAGUUGAAAUCCUGCAAAAUACAGAUGGAGAAUCCUGUGGCCGAUCUGAGUCCACAGCUGGCUCAAUGCCAGCUGGAUCUAUCUCAAGCGCGCACCGAAAUCGAGGAGCUAUUGCGUCAACGUGAUCUCUUCUGCGAGCAACUGAAGACGACGCAGGAUGACCUGGACACGCUGCGCACAGAGUCAGCCAAGAUUAUUGCUGGCACCAAGGAGCGUGCCGAGAUGAUAAAGGCUCAGCAACAAGAGCACAUCAAUCGCCUCGAAAAGGAGCUGGCUCAAUGUCGUGCCACAGCCUCGUUAUCGGUCAAUGAUCGCGAGGCUGUCAUUCGUGAGAUGCAGGGCCAGCUCAACACGCUCUCGUACAGCUUCGAUGCGGCGCAGAAGCAGAUCAAAACGCUUCGCAACCAUAUUGCCUAUGUGUCCAAUGAGAAUUGUUUCCCUGUCAAGUGUUAGAGAAAGUCCCUUAAUCUGUUGUUAAUCAAAUAAAAUCAAUCCCAAACCCA